AUGGACUACUCCUACCUGAAUCAAGCGAGCUUUGACUCUAGCUGCCUGCAAGGAACUACCAUGGACCCCACAGGAUUGGGAAAUAUGCCUUGUUCCUACGGAGAUUUAACGUCCUGCAGCCAAAUGUCGCAGGCUGCUUACAGAUAUACUGCAGCGGCCGCCUCCAUGGCCAGAACUUACAACCCUGGAGCUGGGGGACCCAUGGGGGUCCACCAUCCUGGUACUGCUGCUUCGCAAUGUGCUGUUAUGGGUGCUAGACCUCAUGUCCAAGAUGUUCACCGCGCCACCAUGUUCCCGUCGACAAUGAAUCUACAAGGAGGAUUACCAUACAAAGUUUAUCCUGGUCACGACGGCGUCCUUACCGAGAAGCGAAAACAAAGAAGGAUACGAACCACCUUUACCUCAGCGCAACUAAAAGAACUGGAGCGGGCUUUUCAAGAGACCCAUUAUCCUGAUAUCUACACCAGAGAGGAAAUUGCCAUGAAGAUAGAUCUCACCGAAGCAAGGGUACAGGUUUGGUUCCAGAACAGAAGAGCCAAAUUCCGAAAACAGGAACGUCUAGCUCAACAGAAAGCUACCAACAUCAACUCCGAUAGUCCCAACCCCAAUUCGAAUAUCAAAGCGGAAACCAACGGCACUACGAAAAAUUCUUCGAGUAGCAAUAAAGACGUCAAACCCGGAUCACCACAUUCCAGUAUUUCGACUACGCCAAAUUCCAAUACCGGGAGCAUAUCCAGUCAUCACUCUAAUAGUGGAGACAUAAAACCUUCUAAUGGAAAUGGUAAGCACUCGGAUGAACUUCUUUCCAACAACAACAAAUGGUCCUCAAUGAGUCCACAGUCCUGCAACACCGCCCUCCUGGUACAUCAAGCGAAUAAAGUUUUGUCCUCCCAACCAAGUCAUCUUCAGUCACAUCACGGAUCGCACGCUGCCGCUGCAGCAGCAGCUGCGUUGUCUUCACCUUUCACCUCUCUUCUGGGUGCUACGGGAAGUGCUGCAUCGUAUCUACUGGGUGAUCACUUGAAACCGACCGCAACAAAUCAUUUAUUCUAAGAAACAGAGUUAUGUGUUCAACAAUUUGUGACUUGUAAAUGGGAAAAUCCGUCUCGUGUACUUGAAAAUAUCCCCGAAUUAUACGAUUGGUAUACGGAA